AUGCGUCUUUCAACCUCCCUCACCCUGUUGGCCGUCUCGACCUUGGCCCUUCUCUCCUCAAGAACCAUGAACGGACGCGAUGCCAGCUCAGGAGUCUCCGCCGCCCUCAGCGUAGAAGAAGUCGUUGCCAUCGAAGAACGCGAGGGUUCCAAUGCCAACCUUUGCCCUGCCUGUCUCCAAAAGGCCAUGCACAACCACUUCCCUCAUGCCUGCGACAGUGACAUGGACUCGAACGCCGCCAACGCACGUUCUACCGGCGCCAACGAUAGAGAGGAGCGUUGCGUCUGCCUUGCUUUCCAGGACCUCUUCUGGAUGAAGGCCGAUUGCUCUGCCGAGUGCGUCUACACCCACCGACCAAAGUCCAUGCAGUACUUCCUUCCAGCCUCCAAGAUCGAAGGAUGCGACAGGUGGCUCAACUUUGAGACCGGCGAGGAACUGAGUGUUGAAGGACACCCUGCCAAGGACUCCAACUACACGCCUCAGGUUUAUGAGAUUGCCCCACCACCACCCAACAUGGUCGACGACGAGGACGAUGACGGUCGCGCCGAGAUCGCUGCCUCUUACACCGGCCCAGAGUCCAGCGCCAAGAAGGAGGUAGAGGCCGAGGCAAAGGAGGAGAAGAAGGAUACUAAGGAUACUAAGGAUACCGAGGAUGCCAAGGAUACAAAGGACACUAAGGAUACCAAGGCUGACGCAGCUGAGGCAGAAGCCGCUGCCGAAGUAAAGAAGGAUGAGCUGUAA